GUUUGUCCACGACCGUGCUCACUCUAGUCGAGAAAGCGGGCGAAUUGUCAGUGCUGGAAUUGCGAGAGCCGCGACCACUGCCUGCUAGCUGGGAGGUUUCACUCCGACCGGAGGAAAGCAGCAAGACCAAGCGCAAAAUAGGGAGUUCGGGCUUGUAGAUUCUGACCGGUGGGGACGCGGGGCUGCGGGAGUCGCGGUGAGGACAUGGAGGAGCAGACGCCGGGUGCAGAGGGCUGGCGGGACGGCGCCGACAACCUGACCGCCAGGCAGCGACUGCUGGAGGAGCUGGGCAACCUGUCCGCUCAAUUCCAGGGAAUCCAGCUCAUCCAAUCCUUCAAGCCCCUCAUCAUCCCCUGCUACGGGCUGGUGGUCUUCAUCGGUAUCCUCGGCAACUACUUGCUGAUUUACGUGAUCUGCAAGACCAAGAGGAUGCACAACAUCACUAACUUCCUUCUGGGCAACCUGGCCUUCUCGGACAUGCUGAUGUGCGCCACUUGCGUGCCUUUCACCUUGGCGUACGCCUUCGAACCCCGGGGUUGGAUCUACGGCCGCUUCCUCUGCUAUUUCGUGUUCCUGAUGCAGCCGGUCACCGUGUGCGUCUCGGUCUUCACUCUGACGGUGAUAGCCGUGGAUCGGUACCGUGCCACCGUGCACCCUCUCAAGAGGAGGCUCACCAUCCCUACCUGCGCCUACCUGCUGGGAGCGAUCUGGCUUCUCUCCUGCUUGCUGGCCGCCCCAGCGCUGGUGCACACCUACUACGUGGAGUUCCCCCACCAGAGACUGACCAUCUGUGAGGAAUUCUGGCUGGGGAUGAAGAGGCGCCGCCUGCUGUACGCCUACAGCACUCUGACAGUCACCUACCUGCUGCCUUUAACGCUCAUCUCUCUUUCCUACCUGCGCAUCUCGGUCAAGUUGAAGAACCGCGUGGUGCCCGGGAACACCACCCAGAGUCAAGCCGAGUGGGACCGGAGCAGACGCAGGAAGACCUUCCGCCUUCUGGUGCUGGUGGUGGUCGUUUUCGGUCUGUGUUGGCUCCCUCUGCACCUCUUCAACGUAAUCAAAGACGUGGAUAUCAACCUGAUCGAUAAGCAGUACUUCAACCUGAUCCAGCUGCUGUGCCACUGGCUGGCCAUGAGCUCCGCGUGUUACAACGCCUUCAUCUACGCCUGGCUCCACGACAGCUUCAGGGGGGAGCUGAAGAAAAUGUUCAACUGGCGGAACCAGAAAGUGGCUCCGACCGUUCACUGCGUCAUGGUCAGCGGGGUGUUGUGAAUGAAGCAGCGCUCUGAUGCAAAAGGCAUCAGUUUGGGUGCAAGGACAAGUUAACCCGGCGGUGCAUUCUGUCUCAACAACAGAAAGUGCUGCAAACACCCAGCAGGAAAGGCAGCGUCUGUGCAGAGAGAAACUAAGUUAAAGUUUCGCCUCACAAUGUCCAAUGAUGGAAUCUGGGGCAGCCAGCAAUCUGAUGGAGGAACUCAACCAGUUCAAUCUGCGAGAGGAACUCAUUUCGGGUCGAAACCCUGCAUCAGGACCCGAAACGCCGACAAUUCCUCUCCUCUCCACAGAUGCUGCUCGACCUGCCGAGUUCUUCCAUCAGAUUGUUUUGUUUCUCAGAACGUCUAACUCCCGUUUCUCCUUCUACAGAUGCUG